AUGGCUGAAAGAGAGCUAGCCGAGAAGUUGGCUCGUCGCUUGGCCCUAGUCGAUCAGCCAGAAGAACCACAACCGGUUAAAGAGCCUCCAAAAGCACCACCAAUGCCACAAGAAAAGAUUCAACCGAAUCCCUAUAUUGCAUCGGACUCUUCCAUCAACAUCGACGAGAUCAUCCACAAAGCGAUCCAAGGACAACUCGAAAUGAACAACAAUGGGAAUAAAGAGCAACAAGUGCCUCAAUCCCCUGUACAUCCGCCGGUACCACCGUCAACUCCAUCCACUUAUCUCUCGAGUCCCCUAGCCGCUAAAGAAAUCGAAAAACCACCACCUCCGUUGUGCCUUGCCGAUCUCUGCAAAGCAGAGACCGUCCCAGAGGUUGACCCAUCAACGGUGAAUCGGCGUCCACUGUUUCGCGUCGAGCAUCACAAAGAUCGUGUCGCUUCCCCUUCGAGAACCCUUUUGAAGCAAAACACUGAAGAGACUGAAUUGGAAAAAGUUCUAGCCGCUCAACGAAGAAAGAAACAACAACAGGAAGCGGCAGUUGAAAAUAGUAAAGAUCCAAUUCCAUCUCCAAAGCCAGAAACCUCGAAAUUUGCCCCGGUGGAGUUCGGGGAACAACCAUUGGAGAAACAUCCACCAGUGGUUCUUGUGAAGCCAUCACCGAUCCCUUCCUGGGUUGACGUCGUCGAGCAAACAGCUACCAUUCAAACAACUGUCACGCAAAGCACAACUUUAGAGCCACAAAGGACAAGCCCAGAAGUUGAACAGCCGAUCCCUACCGUAAUCCCUGCAGUAAUUCGGCCUCCACCUGAAUUCAAGCCACCUCCACCACCACCAAUGUCGCCAAAUGCUGUUCCCGAAGUGAAUCACGCUACCGUACACUCUUCUGAUAUUAUGGCUACUGUACCUGAGACGGGAAACUCUGAAGAUACUGUAGCUACCGUACCUCAACUACAGGAUAGCACAGAAGAAGUUGAUAAAGAUACUCUUGUUCAACCUGUUGCUCCAGAGGGUACUGUGGCUGAAGUUAAUGGUGCAACUCCUGUCCUUCCACAAGACACAAGAGAACCUGAAGUUAAUGCCGGGACUAUUGUACCUGAUAAUACUGAAGCUACCGUACCUGGGUCUAUUGAUUCGGUUAUCCCAUCAGACACUUCAUCUACCGUACCUGGGUCUAUUGGUUCGGUUAUCCCAUCAGACACUUCAUCUACCGUACCACCGCACAUCAGCCUUGCCGAGCUCGCAAAAAGAGAGCUUGACUCAUUUGAGAAAUUGGAAAAGGAAAUUGAAGAACAAGAAGAAUUAGAGAGUCAAGAAGUUGUGGAGAACUUUGGGUUAGAAACCGUGUCAGAGGAAGUGGCUGAGAUAUCAGAGACUGAAAACCCAUCUCCAUCAUCACUCACUGACAUGGUGACAGUUGGGAAUAACUUGUCGGCUCGUUUGAAAAAUCUUUCCGCAAGAGUGGCACAAUUCGAUCAACCGGAGGGGAUUUACGAGGAACCGAAUCUAGUUGAACAGCCCCUUCCACCCCAGCCAGCUCCACGUCAAAAAUCUUCAGAAAGAAGAAAAGUCAAUCAAGAAUCAAAUAUCGAUGAUUUGAUUUGUGGAUUGAUCAAAGAUGGAGAAGAGAAGCGUCCACCGUCACCCCGAGGACCACCCCCGCCUCCGCCAGUCACUGUCAAACCAUCUCUUCCCUCACCCGUUCUCCCACCUCCACCAUCGUUGAUCGCUCAAAGUUUACCACCCGAGCCUCCAUCGAGUCCGAUUCCGCCACCACCAGCCGCCUAUGCACACGUGGCGCCGCUAUCGGUUCAAAUCGCCCCGGAGACGUCAAAACCUCAAUGCCGACCACCGGAUCCGCCAAGCGUCGAAACUCCGCCGAAGCCGUCUCGAGCUCUAGAUACGCCUCCGCGCACCAUGGCACCGCCACCACCUCCAAAAUGUCCCAAUUCACCGCAGGGUCCAAUGUCUCCAAUUAUUCCUCAAAAAUGUCUCUCUCCACUCGGUUUGCCCCUUUCGCCGACGAUCAGCCAUACACCCACACCACCAAUGAGUCCGCCAGUGAAACCACCCCCAAAGCCAGCAGUUGAUCCGGAGAAAGAACUCGCCGAGAUGCUCGAGAGGAGGAACAAGAUUUUGGAGGGCGAACAUGUGGAGCCACGGGUGAACACGAAACUCUCGAUUUAUGCCGAGUUCCCGCAAUUCUCUCGAAAACAGAUCAAACAUUUUCAGGAAAUGUUCAAGAAAUUCGACGAGGACAAGGAUAAUUUCAUCGAUUUCAUGGAGUUGAAGAGGAUGAUGGAGGCGCUUGGCGAAGCACAAACACAUAUUACACUUAAGGGGAUUAUAAAGAAGGUAGACGAAGAUGAAGACGGGAAGAUUUCACUCCGGGAAUUCUUCCUCAUUUUCAAGUUGGCCGCCACCGGCGAGCUGGGUACAAGUUCGGAGGUUUUUCAAAAACUAGCUGAUUCGAUUGACGUGACGAAAGAAGGAGUGAAUAACGCAGCGAAUUUCUUUGAGGCAAAGAUCGCUGAAUUGACGAAGAAAUCGGCGUUCGAAGAGGAGAUUCGACAAGAACAAGAGGAAAGGAAAAAGCACGACGAAGAACGCAAAUUGUCGAAAGCGAAAUUUCAGGAAAGCCGAAAAAUUUUUCAG